CCGCGCGCCGUCUCGCCGGCAGGUUUUAAAGUACGCUGGUAUCGUUUCGUUGCUCGUCACUCCGUAUCCGCGUAUAAACAGCGCGCAACGUGUUUAAGUUUAUAAAGAAUUCGUUAUUUUUUUAACUUCCCGUAUGGCGAGUACUGGACGAGCGAGUUUCGUCUUGUUCGAAUGACUUUUGUCAACGAUCUUCGAAGUGUAUGCUAUUAAACGAUACGACCGUAUUGUUUUUGUUUUAGUUGUUACGAAGAAUUUCGUCGCUGCGAAGUAUAGCCGUGAACCAUACGUGAUAUUCGAUGUAAGACAACUCGUGGAAUGAUAAAGAAGAUUGAACAUUUUUGGAGCGUAGGAUCAGACGGUUUAACGAUGGUUCCAUAUAGUUGAAAAAAAUAAGUGGGCAGACUGUAACUCUGUAAAAAAAAGCUAUCCAGAGGUUCGAUCAAAUUGGACGAUCGGACAGUACUCCAAUUCCAAGUGCGCGGCGUGUUUGUAUAAAAAAAUUUGUAAAACCUUCGGAAUCGAAGUGUCCCGAAUAGUUAAAAAUAUUCGUAACAAUAAAAUAGUGAAUAAACAAUUAGAAACGAGUAGGAAAAUCUAAUUUACAUUGGAUCGGUAAAUUGGGAAUCGAUAAAAUAAGUAAAAAAAGGCGAUCAAUAAGGAUGGACGAGCCCAGCAUGAUGGAUUCGGUGCCGGUAUCCGAGAGCAUUCCAAUUCCGGUGAACGUGCAGCAGCAGCAAGCCUUGCCGUUCGAUCACGAGAGUGGAUUCGAGCCACAGACGCGAGCUCGUUCCAACACUUGGCCCUUGCCCAGGCCCGAGGGCUACGUCGAUACAAACGCUAACGGUGCUCUCAUUAACAUCGGUAAAGAUGGCUCCGAGGACGGUGCGAGCCAACAGCAAGGAACACUCGGUACGAGCGGCGGCUUGUUACUCGUUAAGAAAAGCUCCUCGCGGAGAAACGCUUGGGGUAAUCUGAGCUACGCCGAUCUCAUAACGCAGGCCAUUACCAGCGCGUCGGAAAAACGUUUAACUCUUUCACAAAUAUACGAUUGGAUGGUUCAAAAUGUUCCGUACUUCAAGGACAAGGGUGACAGCAACAGCAGUGCCGGCUGGAAGAAUUCCAUAAGGCAUAAUCUGUCGCUGCACAACAGGUUUAUGAGAGUUCAGAACGAGGGUACGGGUAAAAGUUCCUGGUGGAUGAUCAAUCCUGAUGCUAAACCUGGUAAAUCAGCACGCCGAAGGGCGGCAUCGAUGGAAACGAGCAAAUUUGAAAAACGUCGUGGACGAGUCAAGAAGAAGGUCGAAGCUUUAAGAAAUGGGCUACAGCCAGAUGCAACACCAAGUCCAAGUAGCAGUGUAAGCGAAGGCCUCGAUCGCUUUCCCGACAGUCCUCUUCACACCGGUAGCGGUUUCCAACUUUCUCCUGACUUCCGUCCUCGAGCUUCGAGCAGCGCCUCUUCGGUUGGCAGACUGAGUCCAAUUCUUGCGUUAGCUGCAGAGCCUGAAUGGAUACCGAACUACCUCACUAAUUUCACCGCCGACACACUUGCCGGCAAUCUAGCCAAAACGAUGAAACUAGAGCCCCACCAGAUGUAUCAAACGUCACCGCCUUAUCAUCAGACGCAGCAACAACAAACUGGUCAACCACCUUCGUACUUUGAGACGCAAUACCAACGUAGCAAUUCGAUGCGUUCAGCGCCUUCCCCGUACGGUUUACCGCCGACUCCUCAAUCAGCAAGCCAACAAAGAUGCCCGAUUCAUCGUUUGCAGCCUUGCGCAUGUCAAAUGGUUGGUGAACAACCAGAAGUCAUCGUGCCGGACAUGUUGCAAAGGAAUCAUUCCUUCUUGCAUUCGUCUAUGUCGCAAUGCUCGCUCGAGCAAAAUCUCACCCCCGUAUCUGGCAUGUCACCUCCUUAUCAGCAACGGGAACCAAGCCCAUCGUCGAUGAGUGCGUCCCAGCAACAGCAACAACAGCAGCAGCAACAGCAGCAGCAACAACAACAACAACAGCAGCAGCAGCAGCAGCAGCAGCAGCAGCAGCAACAGCAACAACAACAACAACAACAAACCCUCCAGUACCUUAUAAAUUCGCAACAACGACAACAGCAACAGCAAGAAGAACAAAGACAAGCUCAAUCAGGCCCGGGUGGGCCCAGUUCACCUCAAUCACCAACUUCUUGUCCAUCUAUCCCUAGCACCAUGAUGGGACAAUUGAUGGGAGCCCUCAACAACAGUACGCUACUCGAUGAUCUCAAUAUCAAUAUUGAAACGUUACACGGUGGAUUUGACUGCAAUGUUGAGGAGGUGAUCAAGCACGAGUUGUCGAUGGAUGGCACGUUAGACUUCAACUUCCAGCAAGGAAUAAUGGGCUCUGCGGCAGUCCAAGUCAGCGAUGCCGGGAUCGUUCAGGAUAGCUCAAACGUUCAAAAUAGCGGCCUCAGUGCUGUGUCCGUUUCCGGUAACCCCAAAAAUGGCGUUUACGCGAGUAAUAACACCGCGACACCUGCGGGGCCACCAUCCUGGGUUCACUAGCAGCAGUGGGCUCGUGUCGUUGCGACGCGAACUACCAAUAGUCCUAUAACAAAUAACACUAACACCUCGCCAUCAUCGUUUUCUGUAGUCUCGUCCAUGUCUUGCCACAUUGAUGAAUCCUCGUUGAACGAUCCUGCGGCCAAUAGACAUCACGAUGAUCGCCGAGGAGUUAAUGAUCACUGGGGCAAACGUGUGAUAAGGCAUAGAAAUAACAAAGCUGGGACACGACGAUGUGCAUACUUCAAGGAUGCCAGUUUACAGUAGUGCGAUACAUAUUUUUUGGUGCAAGACGGGCUCAAGAAGAGAAUUUGCUGAAAAACAAUACCAAUGCAACGGUCAAAUGAUUCUUCUGCUCAAGAAUCGGAAGAAACAACUCGAAACGAUAAAUUAGAUAAAAGUGCAAUUAUCUUUUUGAAAAAUGUCUCAAGCGCGUUUUGCGAAACAUUAGUUUUUUUUUACACUGCACAAAAAUGACCUGCAGGAAUUGAAUGAUCUCUGUUUCGACUCUACAGGAACAAUUAUUUUGGCUUUCUUAUUUCCUCCAGCUAUUUUCUUCGACUUUUUAUCUGGACAACAAAUGAUAUAUUCAAACGUAUAUAGUAAAAAAAAAAAAGAAAGAAAAUUAAAAACUAAAAAAGAAACGUCAGUCAAUAUUGAACGGCCGUGAUGAUAGGGAAAUGCUACAAUUUCAAGUAUAUCAUAUAGUUCAAAGAAACGCAACACCGAAUAAUCAAAACCAAGAUAUAGUUGUUUUGCAUAGAACGUAAUAAAUAUAAGCAUCUAACGGCGGUGGGAGACAAUAGUUUUUUUCAGCGUUUUUGUUUUUUUUUCUCUUCUGUUUCUCAUUGAUACAGCGAACGUACGGGUACGAUUCAAGUCAAUUUUUAUAAAGUAAGAGCGGAUCUAAGAAAGAAAUAAUAAAAAGAAAAAAAAACGAAAAAAAAAACAAAACAAUGAAACCAAUGUUAAAAGAAAUGUCCAAUAAUUAUGAUAGUUGAUGUUGCGGUAAUGUGUGAAGUCGAUAUUACGCUCUUCGUUAAGAAUGCAACCAACUUUGGGUGUGGUUAUGAAACAAGCACAUACAAAUAUGUACAUAUUGCAUCAGUUAAAUGCGGAAUUAAGUGUCGUAGAAAAAGAGACAGACAGAAACAAAUAAACAAAAAGAAAAGAAGAAUCAUGCAUGCAAACUUACAAUGCUCAAAAUGGUAGAAUUAAGGACUCAGUUUAAUUUAAAAAAUGUGAAAAAGAGUGAGAACGUGAGGGAAGACACGAGAAGUGAAAAGUGUGAGAAUCAAUCUCGACGAUCUCUCCAGUCCUGUGAGUAUAACAAACACCGCUCACCGUUCUUCGAAACUGAACUUAUUACGGUGCGAAAAAGAUGGGAAUUACUGGCUGCUAACUUUCAUUAACGAAACUCGACACAUACGACGUAUGGGACAUUUCAUAUGAGGUUGGACAGCUCUCGAAGAUAACAAUUGUUUGAAAUAUUUGUUUUCAUUGACACGAGUUAAAACAAAAAUAUAGUAACAAUAUUAAAUUGGAUAUGAUGGCCUUCCGUACCUCAAAUACAUGAUAACGUUUUCUCAAAUUUUUUCUUUCGACUGUUCAUACGAAUAGUAAUUUACAAGCUUCCAACCUGAUGUGAAAUGCUUUUUCAAUAUUCGCGAAGCUAUUCGAUAUUGACCCAUAUUUGAUUCUCAAUCUCUCUGAAAUUUGAAGAACGGUUUUUUUUUUAUUAUUAUCAUCGAAGAAAUUGCGUGUACAGUUUCGACGCAAACAUACGGAUUUAUAGACGAGUUGGCGGAUCUACAGUACCGCACAGAAAUUAUUCCGAAAAUUCACAAUAUUUCUUUGACAUUUAUAUUUUUAAAAUCUCUCGAAUCGAUUAUAAUCGAUAAAUAAUUUUGUUUGAUUCAAAAGUGAUUCGAAGCCCAUGAAAGUUCAACUGUAUCCUAUUUCUCAAAUUCUAUCUUAAAACAAAUUUGUUUAAAUUAGAGUUUUAUAUUCUUCCAAAAUAAAAAUGUCUGACAACACAGGUUGGUUUAAUGAAACCAAAUGAAUUACGUUUCAAACUGUAAUGAGUCAAUUAGAGCACAAUAAUCGUCUGAAAAUCAGAGUGUUAUUCGGGAAAUCAAGACGUCGUAACUAGUUCACAACCCAAAUAUCAGGGGAAUUUUCUUAUACGUACGUAGGAUUGAAGAAAAGUUCUUAAUUCGUCUGUAUACACUAAAGUUUAGAGGAGUAAAAAAGAUAUGUGUUCGAUAUUGAUGGAGGAUUAACUAAUACGAAGAAUAUUGAAAAAAAGUAAGCCUAAAAUACAUAGCGAUUCAUACCCACGCACACACACACUUACAAUCUACACGCGAACCUACCUAAAAAAAAUAAUAUAAAUGCUAUAUCCGUGGAUAUAUAAUGUUAUAUAAGUGGCGACAUUUACACAUGCACACACAUAAACUCAAACAUAUAUAUAUAUAUAUAUAUAUAUAUAUAAAUAAAUAUUGUAGAUGAUAAAAGAUACUAUAUUGAAACAUAGUUAAUAUUUACCAUAUUAUAUUAUUAUAUACGUAACGGUACUGUAAAGGAAUUUAGGAGAUGAUAUACUACGCAUAUGCAUAUGUAAAUGCAUAUGAAUAUAAAAUAUUUAGGUAAAAUGUUCUGUAGGUAUGCUCUUGCCGCAGUUCACUAUAAGUAUAGCCUAAUAAUUGUGACGUGACAAACGGAGGAAAGAAACGAAAAGUACUGAUGACGCGACGUGAGAAAGACCCGAUGUGUAAAGAGUAACGACGGCUCGAAGUUUUUCAUUCUCACGUCGUCCAAAUCGAUAUUUAUAGCAUCGGACCACACUAAUAGGCGGGAAAUAGAAAGCUGUCGAUCUCAUGAUGAGAAAUAAAAUAAUUAGAGCCGAGCGAUUUUUUGUAUUUAACCGUCGAUGGUGCUCUAGAAAAAUUCGCUUUGCCUUCGUUAAUGUUUUGCUCUCUUUCUCGCUCUUUCUUCACGGUUUUCAAUCUGUUGUCGAUGCUUCAAAAGUGUCUCGGCAUUCCACGAUCGGUACAUGAGAAGUGAUUUUCAACUUCACGUCGUAUAUAAUUCUUAAUACGAAAAAAUAUGUUUUCUUUUUAUUGAAGUGGUACGACGCUUUGAUAUGCCAAAAAUAGGUGAACUCUUCCUCAUUCUUUUUUGGUCAACUACUGGAAAUUUUUGUUUUUGUUUUGAUACUAUUCUUUUAUGCAAUACAUGCGUACACCGUUUUUUCUCGUAAAAUUUUGGGUCAAUGUGAAAAUCAAAAAAUAGUGUAAUGACUCCCUUAAAAAAAGAACUCGAAGGAUCCAAAUGGGAACUCAGUUAGAAACCGUACAUUUGAUAAUUCCCGUUGGAUUUUUUUUUUCAAAUGACACAUUUUCCGUUUCUCAAAUCGUGCACAAGAUUUUUCUUAAUUUUUCAAAUAUUUAUUUCAAGUUUGAUAAACAUUCAAAGUUUUUUCCUCACUGUCGAAAUUCCUUUGCUGCCAUGUUUUUGUCGUCUCCUCAAUCGUGCAUCGAAUGAAAUCCAUAAUUUCAGGAUUUUGAGCUGACAACGAACAUCGUCUUUUACGUCGUAAUUAAGUUUCUGCAAAAAAAAUAAUUUUUCACGCCACACUUACAAACUCAACACGAUGAAAUUUCCCUUCCUUUCCGUACUUUUUACACGAGAACCGAAUAAACAAUUGCUGUAUGGCAUAACAUAGAAUAAUUUAUCGUAAUUUGUAACGACGAGAAUCAAGGUACAUAAUCAUCUUUUAUUUUUAGCUGUAUAGUGUAUAUUAUUUUUUUUUUUUCGUUUCUUAACCAAUGAGAAUUGAUGUAAGCAUACAAUGCGCAGCCUGCCGGUCAAAUCAUGUAUGCAUAACCCAGGAAUGUCUACCGAAAUACAAAUUGACACACAGGCAUUUCUAUAAAUAUUAUACAAAAACGUAAAUGAAUAAACGCACAGGCGAAAGUGGAUGUACGUGUAUAAGAAUAUAAACGUUUGAAACAAAUGGACAUGAAGUAGCCAGCUACUGUCUUUCAAACUUGAGUUAUGUAUUCAUCAUGGAUAUUAUUUAAUAUAUGAUUCAAGCUUAUAAUAAACGGGUUGUAUAGAAAAGAA